AUGGCCCUUGUGCCAGGGAGCAGCAAGGAUGGGCCUUGGUCUGGAGAUAACCCAGACUCUUCAUGGCAUCCAGAAAGUCCUCGGUUGGCCAAUCCUCUCUCAAGAAACAGAGAGGAUACUGGAAGAUGUGAAGGUCAUCAGGAUGUUGAGGUGUUUCAAAAGCCCCGCCUGCCCUCUAUUGUGGUAGAGGCCUCAGAGGGGACUGAGGAAGACCAAGAAGACCACCAGUGGCCACAUGAGGAAUUACUGGUGCUCACUGAUGGUGAAGAAGAAGAUGCGGAGAUUUUCUUCCAGGAUCAAAGUGAAGAGCCAGGUUGGGCCUGGAUCCCACAGGACCCCACAUCUCCUUUAAGAACAUUUAAUACUGGAUUUGGCUGGGAUCAAGACCAAGAAGAUGCUUCGUGGGUUCCUGAGGAUACAGAGGUUCAGGAGACUUCCAGUCUUUGUCCUAUUUGGGACCCAACAGGGUCCUGUAUCUAUAGAACCCGAUUUAUGGAAGAUUCCCAUUUCCCACCUCCCAGUGUCUUUGGGGGAGCUGAAGAAGAAGUUGUUCAAACGCCGCAGAGUAUUAAGCAGGGAUCGGCGACGGAAGCGCCAGGUGGUCGGGGCUGUGAUAGACGAAGGGCUGAUUACGAGGCACCACCUCAAGAAGCGGGCGUCCAGUGCUCGUGCCAACAUCACGCUAUCCGGGAAGAAGCGCAGGAAACUCUUGCAGCAAAUCCGACUUGCCCAGAAAGAAAAAGCAGCCAUGGAAGUGGAAGUCCCCUCCAAGUCAACCAGGAUUAGUGAGCCACAGCCCAAACGACAAAAGAAGAUAAAGGCUCCCCAG